AUGGCCAACACACUAUCAUUUUCUGUUCCGAUCUUGUUGACAGCCUUAUUAUGUAUGACAGUAACAUGCUUUAACGAAGAUCAAUCUGUUCUUCUCCAAUUCAAAGCCCAUAUUACUUCUAAUCCUCUAAAUGUUUGGCCAUACAACUGGUCCUCCGCAACCUCCGUUUGCCACUGGACCGGCAUUUCUUGCGGCAUUAAUGGCCGAGUCACGGCCUUGAAUCUUCCCAACAUGAACCUGUAUGGCACUAUCCUUCCAUCCUUGGGUAAGCUCUCGUUGUUAUCGGUUCUCAACAUGAGUGGGAACAGUUUCCAUGGCCUUUUGCCAUCUGAGUUGGCCAACUUGCAACGUUUGGAGCUCAUGGACUUGAGCCACAAUGAGCUUAGUGGUGGAAUCCCUCCAUGGUUUGGCAGCUUAACCAAGCUUCAGGAUCUAAGUCUCUAUGACAACAACUUUACAGGUAGUAUCUCCCCGUAUCUUUUCAACAUGAUAAACUUGGAAACAAUGGAUUUCAGCCAUAAUUUUCUUCAAGGAAGCUUACCCCAUGAGAUUGGUAACCUUCCAAAGUUGAAGAUUCUCCGUCUGCGAUACAACAAGCUCUCGAAUCCCAUUCCAGCAGCCAUCUACAAUGAAGUAUAUCAAGAAAUAUUGGGAACUUGA